AUGGCGUACGACGACUACCAGAGCUCGUCCAGUCCAUACUCCUACCUGAACAAUUCGACUCCCGUGAAUCCAGACGAGUAUCCUCGCAUUUCAUAUACAGCGCCGCCUUAUCCCUCGCAAUAUGACCCGGAUCGCCUGAAUAUGCCGCAGCCCCAGGCACCGCCCUCGUCCUCGCCCAACCAGUACUCGGAGUCCGUUUCAGGCCAGCAUACAUGGCAACAACAACAACAACAACCGCCGCCUCCGCCGCCGCCAUCCAACGGUAGAAUAAAUGAGGCUGUCAGCUCAGCUUUUGACAAGGCGCACCCCUCCGCCUAUCUGUCCCCCGAGGUCCUCUCCCAAAUCACAGCGACGGUCAUCCAGCAGCUCAAGGAAACGGGCCUGGAAAAUUUACAAAAUGACCAACACCAGGCGAUGCCGCCCCCGCGACCCCCCAAACAAUGGGUUCCUCCCACAGCGCCUUACAAUGAAGCUGCACCUCCUCAGUCCAGUGCGAUGCCGAAUCCGGGUCCGUCACCACCAAACAUUGUUCACGACAGUGCCGAGUACCCACCCCCGCCGUCCUCAACGACAUACUCUGGUAGCCCUAGGGCCUAUACCCGACCUUCUCCAGUGCCAUCCGAAAGACGAGACUCGCCGCUGAGUCACGCCAGUGAUCAGAGCCAGAAGAUGGACUCUCGACCCAGGGGCCCGCCGAGGGACGCCACCGUGGUGGAGCUGACAACUCUGGAGAAAAUAUGGGGGAAGCUAUUUGAGGAUGGUAAGCCCACCGAGCGAUUGGGACAGUUUUUACGUGGAAUUGCCGUUCAUCUGAUCGAGGAUUAUCCUCCUGGAAAUACUCUUGUGAUUGUGCCCGAUAAAUUGCAGAAAUUCUACGAAGACACCAAAGUUUCAUCGGACCCUUAUCCGUGGCAAGAUAUCUUUGAUGACCGCACCUCUUCAAUUUCGAGACUUUUUCGAGAUAUCGAGGCCGAACAUCAUCUGGUCCAAAACAAGUUGAAUGAGAGACCCGACAUUCCCGGACUGACCCCUCGGGGCUUCGAGCGAUGGGCCACCUUGAUGAUUCAAGCCCACCCCGACAAAGAGUAUGAGCGGUUCCAGAAGGCUGUUCUGAACAUGCCGAUUAGCAACCCGGACAACAAGAAGGAACGAUUUCCCAAGGAGAUUCCUCGUCGGCUUUUCCCGGAGAUCGCGGACCUUCCUUUGAGGGAGAACCUGGAUCAGUUCAUCAUAAAACACUGCGGUGUUGACUUACCUCCAAUCACCGACGAGGAGAUCAAGAAGGUAGCAGCGCAGCGACACAAAGUCUCGACCGGCUCGACCGCUUCGGCCGCUGAGCCAGGUCCCUCAUCCGCCGAUUCCGACCGCAAACCGCAUCAUGCAUCGGUGUCCGCUGCCGUAGACGAUGACGACGAGGACAAUGAUAUCCCAUCUCGACCGAUUGAGCGCCAGCGGAAGCCUUAUACUGCCCAGCCUGGAGGGGGCAAAGUGUAUGAGGGUCCUGGAAAGUCCAUGCAUCGACGGGCCAAUUCUUCCUCCGCAGGAUCAACCUCUCGCGACGUCCCAUUGUCGAGCUCUGCGCCGCGAGGACCCGGAUCGCACUCCCCAGACCCGCUUUAUCCCCGUGCUAGUAGCCAGCGCCCUGCGAAGCCUAUGGGACGGUCUCGAAGCCCGUCUCGGGGAGCCAGCGACUACCGGCAUUCAGAGAGUGACCUGCUGGGCCACAACGGCGGCUCUAGGUAUGGAGGACUGUCCUCUGGCGACUAUUAUUACGCCUCCGGCUCCUCCAACACUCCCAAUCUGUCAGGGGAUCUAAUCGAUGAUGAUCGACGCUACCGCGAUGUCCCACGCGAGAUUUCAGAUGACCAGCCACUGUACGAGUCCCUUCGGGAGCGAGAAAAGGAACGUGAGAAGAGCAAAUACCGCGACCACCUUCCUCAGCGCAGCACUUGGGCUGGCGAAGAAGACUACUACCGUGGCAUGCUUGGUGGCCAAGGUGGCGGUCCCGUUGGUGGCGGGUAUGACAAGUAUGGAUCGAGGUUCUAG